AUGGAGUUCAACGGCAAAUCUAGUUCUAACUUUGAGGAUUUCCCAAGCAGCAUUUCGAGUACUUCUGGGUGCUAUGCCCUGUCUCAGAAAUCCGUUGAUCCAGCCGAUGAGUCUAAUGAUUUGGAGUUAUUUUUGCACCCACCAAGCUUCAUGAAUUAUUAUCCUCCUGUUUCAAGUACCUUUAACGAUCAUGGUCAUAUUACACUGAACAACUCCUAUCCAAGUAAAAUAUAUGGUCCCCAAUGCUGUGAGGUCAGUAGCAAUGCGGCACUAGAUUGGUAUGGAACCAGUGUGGCAGGUUCUUCUAAGAGCAGUUGGAUCAACUCAGAUAUAACCCUCAACUACAUAAACAAGCUGUUGAUGCAGGAGGACAGUGAUGGCAGGGUAAAAUUACAUCACGGAGAGAAUGCCCUUAGAGAUGUGGAAGAGCCUUUCUAUAAACUUCUUGGACAAAAUAGUUCAGCUUAUCCUCUAUUACCGCUACGUAGCUGUGAUUAUCCGAAUAACCUCGAUGGCUGCAUCGACAAGUCUUGGCAGUCAUGCAGUAGCUGCUCUGUUGCUAUUGACUCAAGUAAUAAUCAUUCUAACCACAACCUGCAAGCCUUUGAAGCUCCAUGGAGUUUGUCUGACAUUGUCAAAGAGACAAAUCAUCUCACUCAAGGUACAAACAACAUGGAGCAUGGUUUGAACAUUGAUGGCCUUUCCAUUGCUGAAAAGCGUAGCCGAGAUAAUAAAUCACUUCAGGUGAAUGUCGCAAACACAAGCAUGAAUGCAUCAUUUGAGGUUCAAUGUCAAAACUAUCCACGCACAGAAGGUUUUUAUUUGUUAGAAGGAAGGAGUAGCAAGCAGUUGGCCAUUUCAUUCAGCAGGCCAACCCGAGAUGAGAUGUUUGACAGGGUUCUACUCUUCUCUGAGCAUAAGCCAACAGAUGAAGGUAUUGUUUUGCGAGAAAUGAUGACAAGCAAAUCAACCAGAAAUUCACAGAAUGAUCAAGAAAGAACAUCAGCUCGGCGGAGGACAAGAGGUAAGAAGCAAGAAAAGAAAGAGGUUGUGGAUCUGAGAACCCUUCUUAUCCACUGUGCACAAGCAGUAUCUGUGAAUAAUCACACCUUAGCAAGUGCCAUACUGAACAUCAUAAGGAAAAACUGCUCUAUAAGUGGGGAUGAUACCCAGAGGCUAGCAUCUUGCCUAGCGGACUGCCUUGAGGCACGGUUAGCUGGAACUGGGUGCCAGCUGUAUCAGAAGUUGGUCACUAAAUGCAGAAAUGCUGUGGGCAUUUUAAAGGUAUUCCAGUUAUGUCCUUUCCAGAUGGCACCAAAUUAUUUCUCAAAUAAGACAAUCCUUGAUGUCUCAAAGGGAAAGCCAAAGGUGCACAUCAUCGAUUUUGGCAUUUGCUAUGGUUUUCAGUGGCCAUCAUUGUUUGAGCAACUCGCAAAGAGGGAAAAUGGACCUCCUAAGGUUCGGAUCACAGGUAUUGAGCUACCCCAGCCAGGAUUUCGACCAGAUCAAAUGAAUACAAACACGGGACACCUAUUAGCUGAGUAUGCUAGCAUGUUCAGUGUGCCUUUUGAAUAUCACGGAAUAACAUCAAAAUGGGAAACCAUCCGCAUAGAAGAUUUCCACAUUGAGGAAGAUGAUGUGCUGAUAGUCAACUGUCUAUUCCGAAUGAAGAAUCUCGGUGAUGAGACAGUAUCCAUUAACAGUGCCAGGAAUAGAGUGCUCAAUACCAUUAGAAUGAUGAAGCCAAAAGUUUUUGUUCAUGGAGUCGUUAAUGGAUCAUACAGCACCCCCUUCUUUUUAACACGUUUUAAAGAACUCAUGUACCACUACUCUGCAUUGUUUGAUAUCCUUGAUAAAAUUGUCCCACGAGAUAAUGAGUCAAGAAUGAUCAUAGAGAGGGAUAUCUAUCUGUGUACGAUUCUCAAUGUCAUUGCGUGUGAAGGAUCAGAUAGGAUUGAGAGACCAGAGAGUUUUAAGAAAUGGAAGUCACGAAACCUGAAGGCUGGCCUUGAGCAGCUCCCAUUAAAUCCAGACAUUGUGAAAGAGACAAGAGACAUAGUGGGACAAUAUCACAAAGAUUAUGUUGUCGGCGAAGAUGAUCAAUGGCUACUUCUGGGAUGGAAGGGAAGGAUACUGAAAGCAAUAUCCACAUGGAAACCUAACGAGUCAUACGAUGGCGACUAAGGCCUAAUAAGCUUGCUAGUGUUGCACAACAAAAGCAGAGGUUUGAGAAUUAUAUGUGUCAAUGUUCUGAACUUGUGAUGUACUCAUAUAUG